AUAAAUAUAAUCCCACUCUGCAAAUUCCCCUCCUGCUGUACGCAACAGAAGGCGAGGUGCCAGCAUAUAAAAAUAUUUUCAUUCGUACCAGUGCUCCUGCGACAAAAACAAUAUGGCAAAACUCAUUGCUCUUCUGUGCUUUACCGCGGUAUUAUCAUCCGCCUUCGCUUUGGAGUGUUACAAAUGCGAACGGGACGGUUGCGACAAACCGAUGGACAAAUGGGAGAAGCAAACCUGCGGAACCGUCGGUGACCCGGCUUGUCUCAAGCAAGUGUUCGAAGAUAAGUUAACGAAAAAGGAGACAACGAUCAGGAGGUGCGUCAUCGCCGCAAAGGUGGGCAACGAGUUGACACACAAUUGUGACGCCGGCGUCGGUGCUACCAAAUUCUGCGAAAUCUGCACCGGCACCCUGUGCAACUCCGCGACCACCGUUUACGGACAAUACGCUCUUGUUGCCGCCGUACUCUCCUACCUUCUCCCCAAAUAUCUUCUAUAAAUUUCUCCGUUAGUUAAGUUUUAGGGUUUAUUGGUUGACUUAGUUUGAAUGUGACCUCUUCAUUUGGUACUUAUUCCAUUUGUUUAGAAUUUUUUCAUAGUUUAUCACCGUUUUUACUUGUUUUGUUAAAUAAACUGGUUUACUAAC